AUGACGAUGCAAAUCAUACGACGGCCUUCUGGGUCUGCUCAGGUAAUGGAGUCGGCUCUGUUACCUCCAUGGAGCAGUCACAAUCUUCUUCGUGGCACUCGGGAUUCGCGACCUCUUUCUACGGAAGUUAUUGGGCCUUGUUGUCCUUUUCUACAGUGA